AUGGCAGCUAGAUUGGCAGAUCGCAAGGUUACUGUUCUCUCUCUUUGCUGCGGGGUCGAGACAGCCUCUGCGGCGCUCUCUCAGCUGGGGGCCAAAAAUUACUGCGAGGGGGGCAAGUUUUUCAUCGGGGACAAGGGGGACAUCUGCAGCAUCGACAAGAGCACCAUCCCCGACGUCGAGAUCAUCCGCUCGAAGCCCUUCAAGGGCACGAUUGCACAUGUGAAAGAUCAAGCAGCUAGGCCCUCUAAGAAAUUGAAAAUCGCAUUGAUCGAGAAUGUCAAAGGGAUCGAGAACGGGUCGAACACUGGCACCAGCCCAAUGGACGGCAUCAUCAAAAAGUUGAACGCCGAGGUCCCUGGGUUCAAGUUCUGGUUCUGGGAGAUCACAGUGCAGAUGAUCGAUGCCCGCGAGUUGCUCGAUCCCGACCUCGGCUCCAAGGAAGCUGAUCUGACCGAAAAGCAGGUGGGAAAUUUGGCGGCGUACCGCAUGUUGGGUCGGAGCCGCUGCAAGGAAGGCAAAGGCGAUCGUGGCAAGGUGUGGUUCUAUGAUCUGUCGAGGUCGUCUGGCAAAGUGCGCAAACUAGAGGGGCGCUUUGACGGCGUCUGCCCGUGCUUGACGACCCGCAACGGCACUCUCUGGGUCGAGGCGGCGCAGUCACCCAAGUAUCGCCGUUUCCUUUCUUUCGGCGAGAGAUUCGCCAUGCAGGGUUUGCCAUCCGAGCUAGCGGACACGUUUAGCCUCAAGGGGCGUUACAUAGCUGAUCUCUUCGCCGGCAGCAGGUGUAUCUCGAGAGCCGGCGAGGCGCUCGGCUUCAGAUGCCGUGUUUUUGACAAGGAGGCGCUGGCUGCUGUGAGGCCGACCCACGUGGUGCUCGGGCCCGGGCCGGGCAGGCCCGACGCCUCCGCCCUGACUGCGGAGCUGGCGAGCGAGGCCCUCUCUGGGCGCCUGACCGCCCCGCUGCUGGGCGUGUGUUUGGGUCACCAGGCGCUGGGGCUGGCGCGCGGCUGGGAGUUGGCGCCGUCCCCGCUCGGCGCUGUCCACGGCGUGCCCGAGGAGAUCUUCCACGACGGACUGCAACUCUUCGCUGGGUUGCCGAGCCCCGCCACGAUGGUGCGGUACAACUCGCUCGUGCUGCGGCCGGCGCCGAACGCCGGGGCUCCGGAGAUCGCUGGGAGGGAGACUCCGUCCUCCAGGUGA